AAAGUUGAUCAAGCAAAGCAAUCAUGGCAGUCCGCGUCCAGUUCGAAAAUAAUAAUGAAGUGGGGGUGUUUAGCAAAUUGACAAAUGCUUAUUGCCUGGUCGCCAUCGGGGGCUCAGAGAACUUCUACAGCGUGUUCGAAGCGGAGCUAUCGGACACCGUGCCCGUGGUGCACGUGAGCAUCGCCGGCUGCCGCAUCAUUGGCCGCAUGACGGUUGCUAAUAAAAACGGACUUCUAGUGCCCGCCUCUACAACAGACACAGAGCUACAACACAUACGCAACAGUCUGCCCGACAAUGUGAAGGUGCAGCGGGUGGAGGAGCGCCUCAGCGCGCUUGGCAACGUGAUCGCAUGCAACGACUAUGUCGCUCUUGUGCACCCUGACCUCGAUCGCGACACAGAGGAGAUAUUAGCAGACACGCUGAAUGUGGAGGUGUUCCGGCAAACAAUCGCUGGAAACGUCCUUGUUGGCUCGUACGCCGCGCUCAGCAAUCGCGGAGGGCUCGUGCACCCUAAAACCACAAUACAGGAUCAAGACGAGCUCUCCUCACUACUACAGGUGCCACUUGUGGCAGGCACCGUGAACAGGGGUAGUGACGUGGUUGCUGCCGGUAUGGUAGUUAAUGAUUGGUGCGCAUUCUGUGGCAUGGACACUACAUCAACAGAGAUCUCAGUUAUUGAGAGUGUAUUCAAACUGAAUGAUGCUAAACCAACAGCUAUCACGUCAACCAUGCGAGCAUCACUUAUUGACAGCAUGUCAUAACACGGGCUCGUAUUAUACCUAACCUAAUGUGAUAUGGUUUAUGUUAAGCUGUUGUUUACAUGAAGGUAAAAAUAAUAAGUUUUUAAAAUUCUGUUUCACAUAUUGCAUAAUAUGAACCCAAUGAUUCGCCUGUCUGUAAUCAG